AUGUUAUCCCCCGGUAAAAGAUACGUGUUAUCCGCUAGCACAAGUUACGUGUUAUCUCCUGGUAUUGCAUAUCUCACCUGGGACAUUGUCGGUAUUACAGGUUACGUAUCAUCAUCAUCAUCAUCUGAUAUAAUUUACUUGUUAUCACCUGAUAGAGUAUCAUCGGAUAAAAGUAUAAAUGUAUCAUCGUUUGAUGCGCAUUGCCUAGUCUAA